UUAUAGAUUAAUGGAAUGUCAGUGAAUUUUGGAACGCAGAACCACUGAUGAGUCUGUUUAAAGAACAUAACCUUCACCUUGCAUCUCGAGCGAAGAGUAUUCAGCGAUUUGCAGCGAGUAAUAAGGAGCCAGUGGGGAAUAAUAAACCGAGCGAUAGCGUGAAAUGCUUCUGGCUAUUCGUUAAACAUGACGGACAACACUUUGACGAGCGAGCAAACGAAAUUCGUAGAGGAAUGCGAGGAGGAGUUCGGGGACCGCUACACCGAGAACGACGCCGAUUUCAUGAAGAUGAAGACGCGGGAGGCGAGGAAGCCGCCGAUCGUGGACCCUUGGCACAACAAGCCGCGCAGGCACGACUGGUCGCGCGGUCAGAAUCAAAAUCAAAAUCACGACAGGCGCAACCAUCACUGGGAUCGUCGUAACAACGAGAGAAACGAGAGAUUGGAGCGGCACGCCGGUAAACACUUUAUGCAUCAUCGGCAAAGGAUGUAUUGACUUAGCGACACGCGGAUACAAGGACUCUCGAGAACUUGGAUAACACACGGAGACUGGUGCGGCGUGCCGGUGAACACCUCGUGCAUCAUUGGCGAAGGAUGUAUUAAUUUAGCGACACGGAUAUACAAGAAACAGAUUCAAGAACUUGAAUUAGCACACGGAGAUUUUCCCUAAUUUAUAAUUGUUUGUCUAUGCGUACCGCGUCAUCGAUAUAGGUGAUACAUACAUAAAAUAUUUAUUUAGACGUGCAAAGCACACACUUGUUCAUGCAUAUUUUCUCAUUAAUAUAGGUGAUAUAUGAAGUACUUAUUUAAUCUAUCGAGUAUCAACACUUUAAUGACGAAUAGCGAUUGUUACAUUCAAAAUUUCUUAGCUACUAGAUCGAUUGUACUAGCGGAAUCAGUUAUACAUAUAUAUCUUAUAGUCAUAAUUUUCUUUAUUACAUGCACUGAAGUCACAAGAGCAUAUUUUUCACAAUAUAAAAGAUAUGACGUUCUUUGUAUAGAAUUGUACAUACGAUAAAAAAAAAUGGAAAAGUUUCGACCAGUGCGACGUUUGAUCUUGCUAUAUGAGGUAGAAAAGAUUCGAUUUUAUUUAUAUACGUACAUUUAUACAUCCUCAAAUUAAUGAGAUGAAAAAUAUCAACAUGUGACUCACGCCGUAAGUAAAUGGACGAUGUAUUAGUUCAAACGUUCAGAAUAAAAAUAUGAAUAAUAUGCGA